CAGGUAAGUGAUCUUUGUACAAUAACUCAUAUGUGUGGUGCUCCCCCUUCAAAAGUUCACUUAUGUUGCAGCUGUUAUUCACGACAUACUGUAGUGGACGAUUCACUUUUAACCAUGGCUCCUGCCAAAAUACUAGUCUCUGCGAUAUUGUUAAGCCUGCUUUUAAGAUAUUGAAUGCAUGUGGUGCCGCCAUUUUUAUAUAUCGUUUUAUAGAGAUACAUGUUAAUAUUUAACUUCUGUGACCAAUGAACCUGAUUAUCAGAGUUAAAGAAAAUAUUUGUUGCUUUGGUUUGUAUUUUAAUUCGAACUUUGUUCACGUUAUAGCAGGAGUUGUAUCGUUUCCAGCGAAUACUUUUGCGCAAUGUGAUGGUAAAACGUUUUUUUUUCCACGUUGGCUAAGGAAUGAGUGAUUUCCACAAGAAAUCUUUGUUGCAAAAUGUUAUAAAUGCAAAUAGCUGUAGCAUGGUCUAGGUGUUGCAAACAAGUAGUCUUCCAUUCAUUUAUAUUGCUUUCUUAAAUUGAAUGACCCUUUACAAUCAUUAAUCCAAAUGUAUACCGGGGAUCUUGUCCUAAACCCACGGGAUCACAAAAAUACAAAAAAUCUAAUCGCUUUAAUUUUACGUCAUUUCCUCAACCUACAACGACUGAUUUGAAAUGUCCUUACUGUUGACAAGUCAUCCAACUCGUCCUGUUGAUCUGGUUAGUGCGACGGGUUGGGUUUGGCAAGUACCCUGCGACACCAGAAAAGGCACUGGGCUGGCGUGUAUUGUUGUUUUUGUGCUCUUAUUGUAUUCGCAUUCGAAAUGGCAGAAGAGAUAUUGCUGGUCGCUGGUGUUGUGAUUGCGGUGCUGAUGAUAUUUCGCAUGUAUGUAAGCGGAGCGCGGUGCAAAAGUAAGGUAAAACUGCACGGCAAGACGGUCAUCGUUACAGGUAGUAACACGGGCAUCGGAAGAGCCACAGCGGUGGAUUUAGCGCGGAGAGGCGCGAGGGUCAUCCUGGCCUGCCGUAACCAAGUACGCGGAGAGGUUGCCGUGGCUAUUGUGCAGAGAGAAAGCAGGAGUAAAAAUGUGGUGUUCAUGGAACUGGAUUUGGGCAGUUUGAAAUCGGUGCGCUCCUUUGCGCAAACUUUUCUAAAGACCGAGAGAAGACUGGAUAUUCUCAUCAACAAUGCAGGAGUUUAUAUGCAGGGCACUACUGAAGAUGGUCUUGGUCUUAUGUUUGGUGUCAAUCACCUCGGUCACUUCCUUCUGACGAACCUGUUAUUGGACAGACUGAAAGAGUGUGCUCCAAGCCGCAUCGUCACCGUAUCUUCAUAUUUACACGAUUAUGGUAACCUCGACUUCGACGCACUUCGCACUCACAAAGAGUUUGGAGUAGGUGAGUCUGCUGGGAGUGUAUUUCGGAUAUAUUCACACAGCAAACUGUGUAACAUGCUUUUUACACAUGAGCUUGCAAAGAGGCUACAAGGAACCAACGUGACCUGUUACAGCCUCCACCCAGGUGUUGUAAACUCUGAUCUCACCCGUAAUAUGAAUAAAAUGUCCAGGAGGUUGUUGAAACCCAUCGCAGCUCUGUUCUUUAAGGAUGUAGAGGCCGGUGCCCAGACGACUUUACAUUGUGCUGUGCAGGAGGGCAUUGAAUCCCUGAGUGGCAGGUAUUUCGCAGACUGUGCUGUGCAGAAAGUGAAUGCCAGGGCUAAGGACGAUGCUGUGGCCAAAAAACUGUGGGAAGUGAGUGAGACAUUAUGCGGUCUGUCCUGAAUCCACUCGGAUACUUUCACACAGUUUAUCGUGCACUCACCGCAGGUGCAAUGAUUUUUGUUAUAUUUUUACUAUAAUCAUGCUUUUUGGUCUUUUUUACUGAUUUAUGAAAAAACACAAGACAUCAAAUUAGGCUUGUUGUAGUACAAAUUAUUAUUAUGCAUAGCCAUUUGGUGAUUUGAAAGCUGGCACACCUUUGUGCUAAGUCAUGCUUGUUACCUUCAGAGAACCAUUACCUCGGAUAACCCUAAGCUUGGUGAAGAACAGCUAUGGAAUCAUAAAAAAAAUUUGUAAGCAGUCAAAAUAAAAAUAAAUAAAAAAAUCGAAAGCAAAAGGCAUUUUGCUUGUUUGUUCAUAAUUUUUGGGUUUGUUUAUAUGUAUUUGUAUGGCAGGUGUUCAGUUAGGUGGCAUAUGGCCAAUUCUAGAUUUUAUUGUAACUUUUAACUUUUUAAGUUAGAAUUUCUUAUCAAGAAACUUGUUGGAUUUGGGAAAAAAUAGAUGAUAAAACAUGACUGGAACUUUAAAUGAGACUGGCUUCUAUGGUUAGAUGAAACUAAAGAGUUUUUAACAGCAAAUACUCAA